UGAUCGCAUCAUCUGCCGUCCAAAUUGUUUUCGAAACGCGAAUCAAUCAGCCUCAUUCCUCGGUGCCUUAUUUUAAUGUUAAGUGUAGUGUUUUUAAACGAUCUUAUUGCCUCAACGACACUGUGAAAGUGUUUCUCGUCGUGUUAGCAAUAAAGCAAAUACAACAUCAAAUAGCUACGAUGCAAUCCCGAAGUGUUUACUUCAUCGCGUGCAGUCUGGUGGUGGUGCUGCUGAGUUUCGGCGUCCAAAAGGGACUGGCCAUCAAAUGCUGGGAGUGUCGCUCCGAUUCCGACCCAAAGUGUGCGGACCCGUUCGACAACAGUACGCUCUCGAUCACGGACUGCAAGCAGGUAGAGCGAAAAGAGCAUCUGCCCGAGGCACAGGCCACGAUGUGCCGCAAGAUUCGGCAGAAGGUUAACGGCGAGUGGCGAUACUUCCGCAGCUGUGCGUUUAUGGGCGAGCCCGGCAUCGAGGGUGACGAGCGGUUCUGCCUGAUGCGUAGCGGCACGUACAAUAUCUUCAUGGAGUACUGUACCUGCAACAGCAAGGACGGUUGCAAUGCAGGGUCGUUGCACGGUCCGGCCGGCUUACUGUUGCUGGGUGCAUCGUUGCUUGCUCUGAUCCUCUCGAAGGUUCGCCUCUUUCGUCUCGUUUAGAGCAAUGCCUGCUUGGAUGUGGGGAAAUAGAGUGUAAUUUUGCACGCCAUAGGAGCCUUAUUCAGCUGUAGCCUUUAGCCGAUAUAGAGUGCGAGCGAGCGAGGGAGAGAGAGAGCAGUCAAGCGACAGCAAAAGAGAAGAAAUGAAGAGGCAACGACGAUACUUCCGAAGCUUAACUACAUUCCGUCCGUGUAUUGAAUCUCCCGUCAGUAUUCGAGGUGCAUUUUUGUGUGUGUCUGUUUUCGCUGACGAUAAGUUUAUAAAAUGAAGAAAUAAACUUUUUUAAUUAAAACUAACGAA